AUGAUUACUUUUCCCGAAGCCCCUCGUGUAGAUGCUAAUAAUUUUGAGCUGCGAAUACCCCUUAUACAAAGGGUUGAGCAACAUCCUUUUGCAGUGGCAGCAUUCCUCGAUAAGUACUAUCCACCGGACACCAUUCUAAAGUUGAAGAGCGAGAUCUUCAAGUUCAUUAAAGGCCACGACGAGCCUCUCUACGAGGCCGUUGCUCAUUUAAAAGGCCUCUUCCGCAAGUGUCCCAACCAUGGUUUCACCGAGGACCAUCAGAUAGGCAUACUUUAUAACAGUUUUAAUGAACAAAUCUGUGCUAUGUUGGAUUCAGGGGCCAACGGAGGGUUUCUGCUGAAGAGUGGACCGGAAGCCAUGGCAGUGAUAGAGGAGUUUGGCAUCAACAACAGAGGGUGGUCAAAGGAGAGACAUAGCUCGCGAAGGGCAGCAGCCAUCAAGGAGGCCGAAGAUAAUUCUUUUGCUAAGGAAUUGGCCGAGCUUAGAGUACGGGUUGAUCAAAUGGACACGUCAAGAAGAGAGGAUCCGGUUCCACCGGCCUUCGUCAUAGGGGUCACCAAACCCGACACUUCUCCCGCUCCCACCGAGGAUGUCAACUAUGUACAACAAGGAGGCGGAUUUAAUGUGAGCAAAGGUGGGGUAGUUGAGACCGUAAAGAAGGAGGAGAAGUAUGACCAAGGGAUAAUGAAGAUUUGGGAAGUGCAAGUGCAAGACAGAAAGACCAAUGAUACCAAGAUUGGGGUCGUUGAAGCAAGGUUGAACAACCUCGAGGCCGAAAUUAACACCAUUGACACCGCCGUCACCAAUAUCAAGAAUCAAAUGGACCAAGUCCAACAAAAGAUAGCGGAGGAGAAGGCAAAGGCAGCAGCACGAGUGGCCGACAUCAACAAAAAGUGGGUUGCAAAGAAGAAAAUGGGCGAUGUCAGCAACUCCGGGGCGAAUUCUGGAGUCUGCCCUACGCCCAGCGGACUGCUGCACACGCCGCAGCGGGCAGCUGCCGAACAGGCAGAAGCACCCGCCAAAGAUGGACUCAUGCGGCACAACGGGAUUGAAAUUCCUAGGUACACUAAGCUACUAAGGGUGGCCGUGUUGAAGAAGAAGAAGCUUACCAAAGCCGACCUUAAGUUGCAUCAUCACUGCAGCGAAAUCAUUCAAAGGGAGAAGGCCUUGAAGCAAAGAGAUCCCGGCCAGUUCAUCAUUAGGUGCUCAAUUGGGCAAGGAAUGGUUGACAAGGCUCUCUGCGAUCUAGGAGCGAGCAUAAACAUCAUGCCACCAAAGUACUAUGAAAAGCUCAACAUCGGGCCACUCAAAACAUCGGAUGUGAUCUUAAGGUUGGCCGAUAACUCUGCAAUCAAGAUGGUGGGCAUGAUCGAGGAUGUGUUGGUAAAGGUAGAUGAUUUUAUUUUCACUGCCGACUUCAUUGUUCUUGAUAUGAAAGUAGAUAAGAAUGUACCUCUAAUCUUAGGCACAGAUUUUCUAGCCACAUCCAAAGCUCUUAUUGAUGUAGGUAGGGGUGAGAUCACGAUUAGUGACAACGUUCAAAUCCACCUACAAGAUAAAGAGCAUAAUGCUUAA